AUGGCUCUGUUGUUUGAAUGGGCCUUUGGGAAGAAGCUAACUCCUCAGGAGAGGCUUCGGAAGAAUCAACGAGCUUUAGAAAAGACUCAAAGAGAAUUAGGACGAGAAGUUACUAAAUUACAACAACAAGAGAAGAAAUUGAUUAGUGAGAUAAAGAAAUCCGCUAAACUGGGUCAAAUUGCUAGUGCAAAGAUUCAAGCUAAGGAUUUGAUUCGUACUAAGAGUUAUAUUACUAAAUUCAAUUCGAUGAAGGCUCAAUUACAAGCUAUUGCCUUAAGAAUUCAAUCAGUAAGAUCUAAUACUCAAAUGGCCACUUCAAUGAGAGAUGCUACAAGAUUAUUAGCUGGUAUGAAUAGAAGUAUGAAUUUACCUCAAUUAUCAAGAAUAGCGCAAGAAUUCGCUAAAGAGAAUGAUUUAAUGGAUCAAAAACAAGAAUUUAUGGAUGAAGCUAUUGAUGAUGCUAUGGCAGAUGAUGAAGAUGAAUUAGGUGAAGAUGAACAAAUUGAUGAAAUAUUAGGUAAAGUACUUGAUGAGAUUGGUGUUGAUCUUAAUACUAGUUUGAAGGAUACUCCAAAUGCUAUAAAUGUUCAUACUGAAGAAGCUGUUAGUAAUGGUAAAGUUGCUGAAGCUAUUGGAGGUCAUGGAGGUAGUAGUGCAGCUAAUGAUGAAGACGAUUUACAAGCAAGAUUGGAUAGUUUAAAGAAGUGA